CGCGUCCGUUCUGGCAACCGCCCCUUUACGUGACUUGCGGAAGUGACGAGCCUUGUGCUACAUCAAAACAGUUCAGCAGUUAUCCACAAAUGGAGACAGGUGAGACAUUUUAUGUUGAACUUGCAUGUUGAUCGUUCAGACGACGACGAAGAAGAAACAUCGGAGCCAAAACAGGCAUUGAUGUAGUCGGAAGCUAACGUUAGCAUGUCAGAGCAUCUGCGUGUUAAGAUCUGUAACCUUAGCAGCUAGUUAGCUUACAACAGCCACCAUUGGACGGUCAUCGAUGGCUUCAAAGUAAGCCCUGCCCUGCCUUUUUACAAACUUGGACGUUCUCAGAAUCAUUCACUGUACUUUGUAGUCCUGUAACCUAAUUUGUAAAUCAUGUCGAAAAUUGAGCGUCUGAACGCCCGUGUGGCGAAGCUGCUGACGGUUGCGGUGCAUGAGGUUUUGGAGGUGGUGAAAGAGACUGUGUCUGAGUACCAGGAGAAAACAGCCAGAACUCAGAGAGAGAACUUGAGUCUGAGGAGGAGACUACAGGAACUCCAGGACAAGAUGAAGAGAGAGAACACAGCUCAACAGUCUGCCCCUGCUCCCACAGCCAUUUCAGGUAAAGAYGAGCAGGAGGAGGGAAGCGAGGGCAGCCCCUGGCCGAGGCAGCAGGACCCAGAGUCUACACAGCACGAGGACAAACCAUUGCUCGCCCAGAAACCGUGGAGGAGACUGGAGAUAGAGUACAACAACUCACUGGAGCUAGACCACUUGGAGGACUCCGAGACUGAGUGUAAUGUCACACUAACGUUAGCUGAGCGUAGCGGAGYGCCUCCCGAGAGGUUGUCACAGGUGACAGAGGCAGCCCUGACUGUAUACAUGCCUCAUUCUCUGUGUGACGCYGACCUAGACUCCAUGCACACAGGACAUAUGUCCUCCAACAUGUUACCCCUAAGCCAUCCCAGCUCUCCUCCUCACCCAGGUCUGUUCUCGGGUGAAAUCAAAACMGAACCUGAGCACUUGGAUUAUUCCUCUGCCCCCCAAGAGACCCCAGACCAGAACCCAUUUUUUGAGUGCGAUGACUCKAAUAGUAGCGCAACACAUAAUCACAGUGCCCCGGAACCCAUGCAGAACAACCCGGAAAUGCACGGCAUAGUGCACUACAUCAACGCAGAAGGUCUAAACACCUUUGUGGACACGUUUCCCUUCACAUGUCACCCAGAGUUGGUCCAGGACGCCAGGCGACAAAACAGGCCUCUGCUUAGGCGUGAGGAGAGCCACAGCUGCAUCCUGUGCGGGAAAACGUUCAGCCGGAUCGGGAAUCUUCGAAUCCACCAGCGUUGUCACACAGGGGAGAAACCCUACUGCUGCCUGCACUGUGGGAGACGCUUCAGUCACGCUGGGAACCUGCAGAAACACAAGAGGGUCCACACUGGGGAAAGACCGUAUGGCUGCCAACAGUGCGGCAAGACUUUCAGUCAGUCCAGUCACCUUAAGAAGCAUCAGAGAAUUCAYGUUGUUAGGCAUCUUAGUGUUGAAUAAAGUUUCAGACUUUCAGAUUAAUUGUCCUUGAAUCAAAAGUGAAGUGCAUUUGUUGAACUUUGGCCUGUUUGUAUGGAUGUUGGGGUGAUUUGUGCUGCACCACCAAAGCGUAGUGUGCCACUUACUUACUACAUGGUCACAAGGUAUAACGUAGACCACACUUUUUUUGAGUGAAAUUGGGACUAGUUUGUGUAACAGUGUUGUCUGUCCCUCUCCAUGCCCAAACCUGGGCUCAAACCAGGGACCCUCUGAACACAUCAACAACUGUCUCCAAAGUAUCAUUAACUAUUGCUCCACAAAAGCUGCAGACCUUGCAAAGCAUGGGAAACAACUACUUCAAGGUCUCAGAGCAGCUGACCUCACCGAUUUGAACGCUACUGGUGCACGCCGCUAACUAGCUAGCCAAAUUUUACAUUGGCUGUACUCAACCCACUUUGACCUCCUCCGGACAAAGCCCAACUGAGUGAUCCGGGUCAACAGCAUUAAUGUAACAGUGUUGCUUCCGUCCCUCUCCUUGCUUGAACCAGGGACCCUCUGAACACACCAACAACUGUCACCCACAAAGCAUUGUUACCGCCGGUCACUCCAUAAAAGCUCCAGCUUUUGCAGAGCAAGGGAAACAUCUACUUCAAAGUCUCAGAGCGGGUGACGUCUACUAGCGCGCACCGCUAACUAGCUAGCCAUUUCACAUCGGUUACACUGGGAUCAAACCAGCAACUGGCCUGUAGAGCCAACAACGUGACUGCACUAACUGCAUUCCCAAUAGUCAACUCAUGGAAGUGUUUGUAAAACGCUUACCAMGGGUAAGGUUAGAUCAUUACAAUGUGAGUUAUCUUAAUUGACAUAAUCAAGCAUGGAUCAAUACACGCUAUAUGGACUGACAGUGUGUAUGCAGCAUGUGUUUCAUAGAUAAGCUGUUCAAAUAAAUGUAUAAUUGGUUGAUGUGUGACAGCA